AUGGAUCUCCGCAGCCUCGCGGUGUUCGCGGCCGCGCUCGCCGCCCUCGCCGCCGGGUGGUGGGCCCGCAGCGCGGAGGCGUCGAUCCAUACCUACGACCGGGAGCCCUUCCGCGAGGUGGGCAACGCCUUCCUCCUCUCCGGCGGCAGCGAGGGCAUCGUCGCCGACGGGGCAGACCCCGCCGCCCCGCCAUCCUCCUUCAUCAAGUUUGUGAAUGUUACAUUUUGGAGAACCCCAGAAGCUGCGGAAUCACACACAAAAAUGGCACAUAGUACGGGCUUGGUACAGGCUAUACUAUUUGAAGCUGCAGACAGGGAUAACAUUGGGGGAUCUGCCUAUGGCGGACAGAGGUCCAUAUGUUGUACCCCGGACCUUGCUAAACUAGAGGGCUGCAAGCAAGGGGAAGUAAUCAGGAGGCCGUCCUCUGAUGAUCCAGAUUGGCCCUACGUGCUAGACACGCACUUCAGCGCUAAUCACCUUUCAGUGAAGUUAGAAGAUGAGCCAAUGCGCAUUACAAAGACAGGCAUGUACAACUUGUUCUUCAUAUCCUGUGAUCCAAAACUGAGAGGCCUUACUAUGAGUGGGAAGACUAUCUGGAAGAAUCCUGGUGGGUACCUACCGGGACGAAUGGCUCCUUUGAUGAAAUUUUAUGUUCUCAUGUCGCUGGCGUAUCUGUUGGUAAUGAUUGUUUGGUUUAGCCAAUACAUAAGGUUCUGGAGGGAUAUAUUGCCUAUCCAGAAUUGGAUCACUCUAGUCAUUGCACUUGGUCUGUUUGAGAUGACACUAUGGUACUUUGAAUACUUGAACUUCAACAGCAGUGGUGUGCGGCCAGUUGGAAUCACAACUUGGGUGGUCACUGUUGGAGCUAUCAGGAAAACAGUUUCGCGUCUACUCAUCCUUUCUAUCUCAAUGGGUUAUGGUGUUGUUCGUCCAACUUUGGGAGGUCUCACUUCCAAGGUCUUGCUACUCGGACUUACAUAUUUCCUGGCGUCUGAGUUGCUGGACAUCGCAGAAAAUGUUGGAACAAUUAAUGAUAUAUCAGGCAAAGCAAGGCUUUUCCUGGUCAUUCCUGAUGCAUUUUUGGAUGCUUUUCUCAUACUUUGGAUUUUCACUUCUCUUUCCCGCACUCUAGAGAAGCUACAGGCAAGGAGGAGUUCCGUGAAAUUGGAUAUAUACAGAAAGUUUACAAAUGCAUUGGCUGUUUCUGUGAUAGCUUCAGUUGCCUGGAUUGGUUAUGAGGUCUAUUUUAAAGCGACAGACCCCUUCAGUGAGAGGUGGCAGAGUGCCUGGAUCAUAACUGCCUUCUGGGAUGUUCUUGCGUUUGUGUUGCUUCUUGUGAUUUGUUAUCUGUGGGCACCAUCCCAAAGCUCACAAAGAUAUGCAUAUUCAGGUGAAGCUGCUGACGAUGAUGAUGAGGAAUCUCAAUCUCUGACGAAAGGAGAUGGUGAAGUAGGGAUGGUAAAGAUUGACAAGGACAGAACCGCUGGUGUUAGUGGUGCUUUCAGCUUAGAAGAUGAGGCUGAGGAGGACAAGCGGGAAUAG